AUGCCCUCUGGGAUACUGGAGCUCAAGCGUCUAUUAUUUCGCGUAGUUGGUUGAAGCGGUGUCUUUCAGGUUGUGACAUUCGAGACAUGAAAGAGUUGUUGCACUCUCAAGAUUGCCAAUGGAUAUUGAUUCUUACAUGAAAUUGUGUACUGAAAAUGUGUCCGAGGGUGAUACCAAGGCAUGUUGCGUGGGAGUAGGAGCAUAGGGACGAGGAGAGACAAUCUGGGUGUCUGCAAUAAGCAAUGAUUCCAGCUUGUUCAACAUGGAAGAAGUAUCUAUUGGUCCUAGUCUGGAUAAAAUUAGUACAAAAUCCAUUCUUGACGCUCAGAUACAAGACCAGGUGGUAGGAAGACUCCUCGCUUUCUUAAAGACAGGAAAAUGGCCUAAGUCGUGGGAGAUUAAACAUGAAUUACCGGCCACAAGGGUGUUACUGAGACAGCGACGCAAACUCUACUGUGAUAAAGAUGGCCUGUUGUUUAGAAGGAGUGGACUAUACUCGCAGUUGGUGCUACCUCAGAAGUUCCACACUAUUGUCUUCAAAGAAUUUCAUCAGGGAAUGGGACAUUUAGGAGCCCCUCAUGUAGUUCAGUUGGCAUGUGAACGCUUCUACUGGCCCAACAUGGAAGAUGAGAUCACUCAUUUCGUGACCAAAGUUUGCCCAUGUCUUAAACAGAGACAGCCAAACCUGUCUACAAGAGCUCCAUUACGUAGUGUGACUACCUCCUAUCCUUUUGAAUUAGUUCAAUUGACUUUUAACAUUCGGAGCCAAGUUCUGGUGGUUAUGAAUACAUCUUAGUUAUCAUUGACCACUUUACUCGUUUUGGACAAACAUAUGUAACAAAGAAUAAGUCGGCCACAACUGCGGCUGAUCGCUUGUUUAAUGACUUUGUACUACGAUUUGGUUUCCCAGCAAAGAUCCUUCAUGAUCAAGGACGGGAGUUAGAGAACAAACUCUUUCACAGAUGGGAAAAGCUCAGUGGCAUAACACGCCUUCGAACAGCACCCUUUCACCCCCAAGGGAACGGAAAGGUAGAAAGAUUUAACAGAACAUUGUUGCAUAUGUUACGAACUCUCCCAGAGAAAAAGAAACACAAGUGGAAGGACUCACUUUAAACAAAGUAAUAUAUGCUUACAAUGCCACUAGAAAUGACGCGACUGGGUUUUCUCCUUUCUAUUUAUUGUUUGGACGCUCACCAAGCCUCCCGGUUGACCUCAUGUUUGGACUUUCACGUGAAGAAACUGGUAUGAAUCAUUCAGAGUACACCGAGAAAUGGAAAGUUGCGAUGAAAGAGGCUUAUGAAAUGGCCAGGCAGAAUAUCUCCAAGUCAGCGGGUGAUGCAAAGAAGCAGUAUGACCGAAAAGUACGGUUCUCCAAUUUACAGCCAGGGGACCGUGUGUUAGUACGUAACGUCUCAGAGCGUGGUGGUCCUGGGAAGUUAAGGUCUCAUUGGGAGCAAGAAGUACACAUUAUAGUGGAGCAAAAGGGUGACCUACCUGUAUAUGAAGUAACACCAGAAGGGUGGAAAGGCAAAUCAAGAACACUUCACAGAAAUCUUCUGUUGCCUUGUGACUUCUUGCAAAGUGAUUUGCCAGAACCUGUUCCCCAGCGUACCCUGACCCAAGAGAGAAGGAGAAAAUCAGUCCCUGCUAACCAACAAAAAAAGAGGUUCAUCGUCAUGGUAGUGACAGUGGAGAUGAAGGGGAGUUCCCUGGCUUCUCACUCACUGAGUUGGAAAUGUUGCAGUUCCCCACACCAUUAGCAGAAACUGACAAUCGUGAACAAGAGCAGUUGGAUGGUACCCCAGAAGAAUCGUUGCCUGACGAUGCGGAGGAUUUGUCAGAACAUGAUGAGGGCACACCAGUCACGGAAGACUGUUCUCUGUCUCUCUCUGCAACAGAAGGGGAACCCUCACUUCAGCAAGAGCCAGCGGGACCUCGGAGUUAUCCUGUGCGAAACCGCCGUCCUCCAAAUGUUCUUUGCUAUGACCAUCUUAGAAAUCCAAGCUACCAUCCCAACAUUACAUUGAGUAAUCCAGCGACAACUGCCAGUGUUUCUGCUUAUUCCCCAUGGAUGUCUGCUGUACCUUACAGAACCUUCGCUAUGUCUCAUUAUUGGGUGACACUUUAUCAUGUGCCAGUGUACCUAUCGCCAGCCAAUCGCCUAACUUUAGCUUUAUUUUACUGA